GGAACACCUUUUUUUUAUAGCUCACAUCAUGGCGUCACAGCCGGGAGACGCGUUGGGCAAGAUCGACUACUGGAUCCAGUACAUCGACUGCGCUCUCAAGCAUCCGCGCCCGCUGCCCAGUGGCAAGCACGCGUAUCGUCAAUCGUUAGAGACGAUUCCGGAGGUGGUAGAGCUGUAUCACUGUCUUUACAAACUCUAUAGUGAGGAGCAGAGCUCCGUGUGGUUCCAGGAGCCGGUCAACGCGCUUGCGCAGGAGAUCUUCACCUACUACGAUGUGGUCAAGUCGCCGAUGAGUCUGCGGCACGUGUUGGACAACAUCGUGAAAGGAGACACGUACUCCACCGCGGCGCAAGUGAUGGAAGACGUGGAGCUGAUUUGGAAGAACAGCAUCGCCUUCAACGGCGCCAACUCGCUCCUCGCCACGGAGGCAAGCAAGUGCAAGGCAGCGCUGGAACGUAUCCGACACAACUACCAGGACGACCAGCGCGUCACGUUGGAAGAUGCGGACCGCCUCUACCAGGUGAUCGCCUCCAUGCAGGAGCAGCAGCUCAUUGACAACAUUGCCGAGUACCUACGUCGCGAGGAUCCCACGUCCAUCGACGAGACUGGUGCUGUUAAUUUUGACAUGUUGAAGCGGAAGCACUUCCGCAAUCUGGAGCGCAUUGUGGACAACUACUCCAAGUCCCGCCCGCGCAGCUAA